UCAAGUGUCAACACGUCACUGAACGACGACGAGUCCUGAAGAUUGAAGAAUUUGAGUCUUGAGAAGCGAUAGAGGAAUUCCGCUUUAGUGGUAGUUAUUAGUGAGUUAAUGUUUUAAAAUGCAGAUCCCAAAUGAAUACGUAUCAACUGCUGAAGAUGUUGCUGAUCAGGUAAUACGAAAAGGGAAAAAUAUUCUACCAACAGUGGCUCGACUAUGCCUGAUUUCAACAUUUUUAGAAGAUGGACUUCGUAUGUGGUUCCAGUGGUCCGAACAGAGGGAUUACAUGGAUAUGUCAUGGGGUUGCGGAAAAAUUUUAGCAACAAUGUUUGUGAUAAUAAACCUGUUUGGCCAACUCGGCGGCUGCGUGAUGGUGUUGGGGCGAUGGAAGGUGGACAUCGCGUGCGGAGUGCUGUUCUUCAUCGUGGUGUUGCAGACGUUCGCGUACAGCAUACUCUGGGACUUGCACUUCUUACUCAGAAAUCUAGCGCUCAUCGGCGCCCUACUUCUGGUGCUUGCGGAAGCGAGAGCUGAGGGCAGAAGCCUUUUCGCCGGCGUACCUUCCCUCGGAGAGAACAAACCCAAGACUUACCUUCAACUAGCCGGAAGAAUUCUACUGGCGUUCAUGUUUGUCACCCUGCUCAGAUUCGAAGUAUCGUUCCUGCAGAUUGUUCAAGACCUGCUCGGAAGUAUUCUGAUGAUCCUGGUGACGGUGGGGUACCGCACCAAGCUGUCGGCGCUCAUGCUGGUGCUUGUGUUGUCCGUGCUCAACCUGUACCACAACGCGUGGUGGGCGGUGCCCAGCUACAAGCCCCUCAGGGACUUCCUCAAAUACGACUUCUUCCAGACUCUAUCAGUGAUUGGAGGACUCCUAAUGAUAGUGUACUUAGGACCAGGCGGUGUCAGUAUGGACGAGCACAAGAAAAAGUGGUAGGGGGCUCGGUGGCCCGGACAAGACGAACUAAGUUGCUAUGUAAGGUUGUUAUAUGGUGCGCUCGUUUCGGUUCCAGCAUUGAAGUUUGUAAAUAAUACUAUAUGACGAUGACGGUUAGUGUGCGCGUCUCACUUUGUCUAUUCCUUGUGUGUCUAUGGCGUGUGGCUGUUGGGAUCAAUUUUUAUACAUUUUUUUAAUCGGGUAACAAUGGAUUAAUAGAAGUAAAAUAUAAUAGUUUAACUAUGAGUAUAAGCUGUGAUCUAUCUUCCUACCUACUUGUUUUUUUUUUUGUAUACUUUGGCGUGCACAUUAGCGUUUUUAUAGCUUUUAUACAAUAAUUAUAUUAUGUUCCAUAGUUUUUACAAAAAUAAUUGAGUAAAAUUAUACAUUAUGUUUUAAAUAUAAGUAAAAUUGUUCGGUUUUACAAUACAGACAAGUUGUCUAAAAAUUAAUUGGUGUUGUUAGCAAAAAUAUGUUUAUAUAUCUUUGUAAAAUUCCAUCAUAUUGCAACAAACAAAUUAGUGUUGUGAAAUUAUUUACUAUAUCCAUUAUGAAUUGAAACUUUAUUUAUUAGAACAUUUUUCCACUUUUAUUUAUCAUAAUUAAUGAAGUAAAUAAUUCACAAAAUAUAAAUUGGUGGUAUUAAGAAGUCAUGUAAAGAUUUUUAGAGCCUUGAUUAAAUCAAUUUUUGAUCCUUCACAGAUAAAUUUGAAUGAAAUUCAUUCCUUUCUUAUUGUUUGUAUCAAUGAUAUUCUAUAAAGACAAAUCACGUCGUAUAAAAACUAAGCCGAAAUAUGGAACAUGCGCUACAAAUUACAUUAUAAUAAGCUUCGACUGCUAUAUCUAUACAUUGCCGCAUUUACUCCAGUUGUUUAAAAUAUUCUUGGUCAAUAAGCAGCAAUGUAAAGCAUUUAUUCCGUUGUUUGAUUCUAACAGUGCCACACUACUAUGGAGAAAAGUGUGCUUACACUGUGCACACUUUUACCGUUCCGCUAUCAGACUGAGAAUGAUAUGUCCUUAUAUGUGUAUAGAAUGUCAUUGGUUUUUAUAACACUAAUAGGGUUCAAUCUUUAACUUAAUUAUGUAUGUGCAUGUAUGUGGGGAAAGUAAUGUUUUUUAUUUUAAUUUUGAUUUUCAUUACUUGUAUUUAGGCAGGGGUACCCACUAGGGUUUAGUCAAGGCUUCUAAUUUUCAAUUGUGUUGUUUUCUUUUAAGUUACUUUUAUAUAUAAAUGUACAUAUUGUUCAAAAGACAUGAUAUUUUUAUAGUAUUUUUAUUUAGUUAUUUUUCAGGUUAAAUAUUAAAAUUGCAAACUAAAUAUUAUGUGUACUUUGAUUUUAUACCACAUGGGCAGAGACAUUUGAUCGCCAUAAUGUUUUGUUGUUGUUUAAGUCAUAAAAUGUUUUUAAUGGAACAGUUUAUUUGUAAACUAUUUAAUAUUAAACAAGAUUUCAUUUA